UGUUUAUCACUUUUCUGUUUGUAUGUCAUUGUGGCUCUGUAAGAUUUCAUUAUAUAUCAUGAUGCACUAUCAGCCUUGACGUCACAACAUCCUAUGGCGUAAGAGCUCUAUGUGGAAAUACCCCUUCAUCAAUUCUGUGUAGUAACCAGUUCUAAGUAUAUGCGGAUUACACACACACACGCGCACGCACGCACCCACACCCAGACCCACCCACACCCACACACACACACGUGUUAAAACUCUUUUAUAUUGGCAGGAAUGGGUUCAAUACAAAAAAGAAAAAAAAAGAAAAAAAAAAAAGACAUGGACCGAUAUUGAUAACAUCAACGAAAGUUAACACAGUGAGUUACCGUUUCAAAUGAAUAUUUGGAAUAUUCAGAGUGAACACAUAACACAGGACUAUCAAAUUCACAAAUUUGGCACUUCAAUAUCUUAUUGACAGAUUACUAAAAAAAAGAAAAAAAAAAAAAAUCUGUCUCCAAUCCGUGCACGGUCGUUAAAAAGUGAAAAUCCAAAACAUAUGGUCUUACAUGGAAUACACAAAGUCAGUGAAGAUCUCCCCUUGUGUGGUUGGCUGUGUCGCCCAAGAGAACGUCCAAGGUCGCCGCUGUCCUUCUAGUGUGUGUUUGUAUUCUCGAGCUGCACCUUAUUUAACCUGGAUCGGUGGUGGUGGUGCUGCGGGGCCAUGGGCUGCGUCGUGUCGUUCAUACGCUCCUUGAGGUCGUACCACGGCUCACACUUGACCCCGCGCCAGCUGGAACGACAACGACGCCAGCGUUCACAAAAGGCCCAGAGCCGACCCACGCGCGCCCCGACGCCGCCGAGCUCUCCCGAAGAGGAUGAGCGCCGCGCCCUCAGCUUCGACGGGGGCUAUAACUCCUACAGCACCACGCCUCCUCCUCCUUCUGCUCCGCCGGCCGCCGCUCCCACGCCCAAGUCGAAGCGGCCGAAGUUAUUCAAGAGCAAGAGUUAAAAGUUUCAAGGAGUUUGAGCGCGGAUGUGUGCCGGGGCGGGAAGGCGGGGCGAGGUUUCCGCUGAUGAGACGAACUGCCUUUGCGGGCUUCACUUUGGCGCUUUAGCUUAUGUAUAUACAAAUGUGUAUAUAUAUGUAUGUAUAUAUGUAAUAAAUUUAUAUAUAUGUAUAUAUGUGUAAUAUAUAUAUAUACAUACAUACAUAAAUAUACAUAUGUAUAUACAUAUACACAUUAG